AUGAAUCCGACAUCGAAUGCUCCGGUCACACAAAUCAUACAUCUCCGCUUACCUGACAAGACCGAAAAGCCGAUCUUCGAGCAUCAAAGAUGGAACGAGGUGCUAGAAAGCAUUGAGAACGCGCCAGGUUUCUUGAGAGUCUACUGGGGCCAAUCCCUCGAGCAUCCGGAACAUGUUGAAAUCCACAUUGUCCGCGAGACGCUGCAGCAACACCAUGACUUUCUCAAGUCAAAGGAAUAUCGGCGAGUCCGGUUUCUGAUCGAGACGAUGGUCGGCGAUGCUCAAGUCCCGGUGAUAAGACAUGCUCAGAUGAUAGACUGGACGCCAAAAUCUCGGGCGUUGGCUCGAGGCGCUCCGUUUACUGGUACGGCGAUAUACUUGAAGACGACCGAUGCUUGGGAUGAAGGUGCUUGGCCAUUAUGGACUCACAUCGUCCGAUACAUUGACGGCUGCCUCGGGUGCAGUGGAGGUCCUCUGCUUGAGCCCGUUGAGACUUUCGAAAGGUGCUACGUCGUUUAUGUUGGGUGGGCGACGACCGAGCAGCACCACGCUUACCAUCAUACCAAGCACUUCGCUGAACACGCCGUGAUUCUGAGGUGUGGUAAUAAAGGUUUCGCUGAGUACGGCCACAUCGUAUUCCAAGGCUCGCGAGAAAAAGCUUCAUCAAAGCUGUAA